UGAAGAUAUUCAAGAUUCUAAAUCCUGUGGUGCUAAUCACACUAGGCAUUUAUUACAUGCGUUGACCAUAUGAAUCCUUACUGAUCAUGUUGCUCGAUUUAUAACAAACCAGCAUAUAGAGAAUUCAAAGUUGAUCAGACACAGAAACCUCAAUGGAUUCAACUCAAAAUCCCAAAUUUCUUACAUCUUAUUUGUUCUUUGCUUUCCUUCUUGCAUCCUCAAAUCUCUUGACAUUUUUCAUUUCUACAUCUUUUAACUCCUCUUGUACAUUUAACCAACAAACAAAUACUCCUUCCACUGUUUUGGCUAAGCCAACACCUAAAUAUGAAGCUAUUCAAGAAUCUUCUGAUAACACACAAACUGAUGAAAAUCUUCCAUCUGAGUUCCUAGCUUUCACAUCACCACAAAAACUCCCGCGUGGAUUCAACAAAAACUUCAAUUCUGAUGAAAUCAUGCCUCCGAUUGGACGUCCAUGUACUCUGUUUCGAGAUUUACUUCAUCGUUACAUGUCGUAUAAUGUCAAUGGUUCUUGCCCUGAUGAUGAACUUUUAGCACAAAAGUUGCUUCUUAAAGGUUGUGAGCCACUUCCUCGACGUAGAUGUCAUCCAGCUGCUCCACAAGAAUAUGUUGAGCCUUAUCCUUUUCCUGAGAGUCAAUGGAGAACACCAUCGGAUUUUUCUGUUGUAUGGACUGCGUUUACUUGCAAAAAUUAUGAUUGUCUGGUCAAUCGUGCUAAGAAUCAGAGAGCAUUUGAUGAUUGCAAAGAUUGUUUUGAUCUCAAUGGCAGAGAGAGAAGGCGUUGGACAGCAAAAAAUGGUGCUGGUCUUGACUUCUCUAUCGAUGAAGUGUUAGCAGUAAAGAAGGCUGGAACAAUUAGAAUUGGGCUCGAUAUUGGAGGUGGUGUGGCUACAUUUGCUGUAAGAAUGAGAGAAAGGAAUGUAACGAUUCUAACAACUUCAAUGAACCUUAACGGUCCGUUUAAUAGUUUUAUAGCUUCAAGAGGAGUCAUACCUUUGUAUGUUAGUAUCUCUCAAAGACUUCCCUUUUUCGACAACACGUUGGAUAUUGUACACUCAAUGCAUGUGUUGAGUAACUGGAUACCAGAAACACUUCUCCACUUCUUGCUUUUCGAUAUUUAUAGGGUGUUAAGGCCUGGUGGUCUGUUUUGGCUUGACCAUUUCUUCUGUGUUGGCGAUCAAUUCGAGAAAGUGUAUGCACCACUUAUCGAGAGUAUUGGUUUCAACAAGGUGAAGUGGAUCGUGGGAAGAAAGCUUGAUAGAGGUCCCGAGCUAAACGAGAUGUACCUUUCAGCAUUGCUGAUGAAGCCAUUGAAGAAUUCUUGGUGAUGAUAUUAUUUUUUCUUUUUUACUUUGAUCAUAUUUGGAAAAAACUUAUAACUUGCAUCUGCAUCUGCAUCUGUUGAAAAUUGCACUAAUCAAAUAAGGAAAAAAUGCAUUUUUCUUUUUAGAGAGAUCAGUCUCUAGUAUUACAUUAUCCUCUUUGUCUGAUGAUAAACCUCAGUAAUAAACAUCAUGUUGCAAUGAUAACUAUCACUACUUGUAAAGCACAAAU